AUGUGACUUAAACACAUUUUCUUGUGAAAGAACAUUUUGUCUCUCUCUCAGAUUCCAUUAGAAAGCUUAAUGUUUUACUCUAGCCUCCCUUCUGGGACAGGUGACAAAUAAAUGCAAUUUCUUAUGUUUCUCCUGUUUUCUGAUAAUGUUAUACAGUGGAUAAGAAGUUGAUUUGGUUCUGUAGGUUACGUAAAUUAUAAAUCUUAAUGCAUUUUUUUUCCAUAAUUUGAUGACCUUAACAUUUGCUUAUUUAAUCUGAUCUUUCAUUGAAGGCAGGUUUACUUAAUGGUAUAAUCAGUAAACUCAGACUUCUAGGCGGGUGCUGAGUGGCAUUAAUAGGCAUAGCCUGGGGAAGGGCAAAACACUUUUAGAAUGAUUCUAAUUGACAAGUUAAUUAUAUAGAGUGCUACUUACCUAAAUAAGCCGUUGUUGGUUAGGCCAUGUUAGAGACUGCUGUUAACAGUUUAGAGGUCAUAACAAGUCUGUGUAAUUAGGUAUUAAAAACUUGCUCUCUGGCACUGAAUUCUGGAAUGCCUCAUUAACUUGGGGGUCAACCCUUCCUCAGUCAGGGAACCAAGAGAACACAGGGAAGGCAGGUUGGAACCAGAGCUGGCUGGACUGAAUAUAUAAAAACAUGGAAUGGUUGCUCUGAAGCCUUAUCUGGAGAUGACAGAAGGCUUGUUAUCUCUCAGCAUGCUUAAUAACGAAAAGAAAUGCGACAUGAAUGGUGGCUCAGAGUUAAAAUCACAGCAGAUCCAGUUUGCAGACCAGAAGCGAGAGUUUAACAAGCGUCCCACAAAAAUCGGUCGCCGUUCCUUAUCUCGUUCCAUUUCUCAGUCUUCAACUGAUAGUUAUAGUUCAGCUGCUUCCUACACAGAUAGCUCGGAUGAUGAGACCUCCCCGAGGGACAAGCAACAGAAAAAUUCUAAGGGUAGCAGUGACUUCUGUGUGAAGAACAUAAAGCAGGCAGAAUUUGGACGCCGGGAGAUAGAAAUUGCAGAGCAAGAGAUGCCUGCUCUUAUGGCUCUGCGGAAGAGAGCACAGGGUGAAAAGCCUCUGGCGGGUGCUAAGAUUGUGGGCUGUACCCAUAUUACAGCACAGACUGCAGUUCUGAUUGAAACUUUGGGCGCCUUAGGUGCUCAGUGUCGAUGGGCUGCCUGCAACAUUUAUUCUACACUCAAUGAAGUGGCAGCUGCUUUGGCUGAAAGCGGGGUCCCUGUCUUCUCCUGGAAGGGGGAGUCUGAAGAUGAUUUCUGGUGGUGCAUUGACCGCUGUGUGAAUGUGGAAGGUUGGCAGCCCAAUAUGAUUCUAGAUGAUGGUGGCGAUCUCACUCACUGGAUUUACAAGAAGUAUCCAAAUAUGUUCAAAAAAAUUAAAGGAAUUGUAGAGGAAAGUGUUACUGGUGUACAUCGCCUGUACCAGUUAUCAAAAGCCGGAAAAUUAUGUGUUCCUGCAAUGAACGUCAAUGAUUCUGUCACAAAGCAAAAAUUCGAUAACCUCUACUGCUGUAGGGAAUCCAUUCUAGAUGGUCUUAAGCGAACAACAGAUAUGAUGUUUGGUGGAAAGCAAGUUGUGGUGUGUGGAUAUGGAGAGGUGGGUAAGGGAUGCUGUGCUGCUCUUAAGGCAAUGGGAUCGAUUGUGUAUGUGACAGAAAUUGACCCCAUCUGUGCAUUGCAAGCAUGCAUGGAUGGCUUUCGUCUUGUCAAAUUGAACGAAGUAAUCCGACAAGUAGAUAUUGUCAUCACAUGCACAGGCAACAAGAAUGUUGUGACAAGAGAACAUUUGGACCGCAUGAAGAAUGGAUGCAUCGUCUGCAACAUGGGGCAUUCCAAUACAGAGAUUGAUGUGGCUAGUCUUCGCACUCCUGAACUCACUUGGGAGCGUGUCCGAUCUCAAGUAGAUCAUGUGAUCUGGCCAGAUGGCAAAAGGAUAGUUCUCUUGGCAGAGGGUCGUCUGCUAAACUUGAGCUGUUCAACAGUGCCAACAUUUGUGCUGUCCAUCACUGCAACUACACAGGCACUGGCUUUAAUUGAACUCUACAAUGCUCCUGAAGGACGUUACAAGCAGGAUGUGUACUUGCUUCCCAAGAAAAUGGAUGAGUAUGUUGCCAGCCUUCAUCUACCCACCUUUGAUGCCCACCUAACAGAGCUUUCAGAUGAGCAGGCCAAAUACCUUGGGCUCAAUAAGAAUGGCCCUUUCAAACCAAACUAUUACAGGUAUUAAUUGCAGAUAACAAGGAGCAGUAGAAAGACUUGGAAAUGCCUGGAAUAAAAAAAAACACUUAAAAAGGAAAAAAAUGCCUUUCUCAGCAACUACUGUACAGCUUCUCAAGCAAAACUGGAUUUUCUGCCAUAUUAGUUCAUUUUGCAGUAAGAUAUUUAUUUAACAGAAGAUUUGUAGUAUACGGUAUUUGUUGCCUCUUCUAGUCCUGUGACCCAGUCACAGAGAGAGCGCAAGGUGUUGGGGGCCUGUUUAAGUGUUGCACAAGACUUCUUAUUCAUAUACUGUACCAAUAGGCUUCUUUGAAUCUGCUCAUCCCAUCACUAAAUGCGAAGGGAAACCAGUUAACUAGUAUGAAUCAUGGGUUUCAAGUUGAAUUUAAAUAUUGCUUUAACAUUCACUUUUAUUUUUUUUGUUUUAAAUAUUUGAUUUUUCAAAGACGGAACUGUGUGGACAUCUUCAAGGAAACGUCUAGUGAUCAAAAUCUAUUUUAUUGUGGUUUUAAUUGUGGUACAGAAUUUUUAUGGGUUAUUUCCCUUUGUUUCAUGUUCUGAAUAACAAACCCCAAGCCUGCACCUCUUAUGCUGCUGUAUUAGUUACUUAACCUUGUUUUGACACUAAAUGAAUCCUUCACUAAAUUUUUCUAGUGGUUUGUAGUAGUUAGUAAGCACUCGAUCAAAUUGACUCAAGCUUGUAAGUUUUUACCUGAUGACAAAUGUGCUGCAGAAAAAGGAGUGUAACUAAUUUAGUGCCAUGCAACAAAAAAAAAAAGCCGUGUGUGUGAUAACAUGUAAUAUACUGCUUUGCUCAGGUAGCCUGGAAUAAGGCAUCCAAAUUUAUAUAGGCCAUUAGUGGCUGUUAACAAUGUCUUAUUGAUCUUUAUACUUCACAUGAUUGGCUGAGCUUUUGCUUAGUACUGGCCUGGCAGUGCUACUGGUCAGUAUUAUAGUUUUUAGUGCCCAUUGCAGUGACAUGAUUUUUCUGUCAAAUGAGCCAUAUUGUGUUCCCUCAUAUUUAAGGACCCCAAGAAAAAGAACACCUUGUUGUAUAAUAUCUACCCUUGUCUGUGUUUCUAUAAGGACUUCAUUAAAUGUAUCUAAUGCCUAGAAGUGGUAGGUAAAGAUGUUUUUUAAUGUUUGUGCUCCUGUUACUGUGACUGUGCUUUGUAAGGCAAAUACAUUCCUUGCAUGUAAUCCAAAAUACCUGUGUAAAAAGGCAUAUGGAAGGGUAAUAUAAAGGACUAUAUAUACCUGUGGUAUGUGUUUUUCAUAGGUGCCCUCUAUUAAAAGAAAGGUUAAGCCUCCUCAGUACUAAUGUGGGGACAUUUUGCAGCUUUUUAGUUUAUUUACAUUAAUUUCCUUUCAUUUUUAUUUUUUAACUCUAAGUACACUGGUGUGUUUAAUAAUUUAACUCUUCAUUAGGUAGGAAAUCUGAAAGCAUUUAAAUAGAAACAGUACAGGAAUAGCCUUUGCUUAUUAACAUUCACUACUAAUCGGCCAUACUGAUAUGACAGGUUAAUAUUCUUACCUGCAACCGUCCUCAGGUCCCACCAGUCUUGCCACAGUUCUCUACACACAAAGUGUAAAAGCUGUUUGCAGUCUUCCUUUUUUUGGGUAAACACAAGCUUAAUGAAAUAGCUUAAUGACAUGGACACACAUCCAACAAAUGAUUGGAGAAUCAUUCCAUGCUGAUCUGUCAGGGUUGAAAAUUGGAGCAUACUAAUUACAUAAAUCCUUACACUGCCAUUCAAGCAAUGAACAUGAAAUAACUGCGCAGGAAGUGACUUUUUUCAUGUACAGAAAUUAAUCUGAGCUGCAGUCUUUUCAUCUUUUUGUGUAGGUGCAUAGUCAGUCAGGUGCUAAUUCAGAAUUCAAUUAUAGGAACAUUUGCCUUUAAAAUAUUACAAUCUCUUUAGAGAAUUGUCUAGGCAAAUCUGAAUCUUGAAAUCCAACAUGAGACCUAAGUUACUUGCUGCUCUUACACAGUACCUCAUUUCUACCAGCUUUUCCAGUCACUGCAGUGGAAUUACCAUACCAUGCAUCCAAUCACUGCAUUUUGUAAAAAAAAAAAAUAUAAAAUAAUAUAAUUUGUGUUUUUAAACCAUCUGCCUUACGUGUGUAAAACAUAUUUCAUUCUGCCAUGAACGCAUAUAUUCUAGAUAUGCUUGUAUUUACUGUGAUUUUACACUUUAAAUAGUUAUAUGUAGUUUCUCUUUACAUUUCUGUGUGAGCCAACAAUUUGUUGUACUUCGAGACAGGAAACCAUUCCUUCCCACCUCACAUUCCCAGUUAAAGCUGUGAAUUAAUUAUGUCUGCCUUUUAGUAUAAGCAACCAAUACAAGCUGUCUGUGGGCAUUAAUUUAAAAAGCUAUUAACAAUUUUGGAGCAUUGAUUUUAUUUGCCAAUUUUUAGUAUUGAGGAGUGUUUUACAACAUAGACAGUUUUAGGAAAAUGAAACCCCUUUUGGGUUUUUUCAAAAUUUUAGCUCUUUGCCAGGUGCACCUUUUCUGGAAAAAAAUACCAGCCUUCCUAUAUAUUUAUCUUUUUUCCCUAUUAAUAACAUUGGGAUCAGCCAUAAGUUUUACCGGCCACAACCCUAGGUGUACCGCUCCCUAAAAAUUGCCCAGCAAAAAUACCUUAAUGUUUUGGUGCUGGUGGUGGGGGGGGGGGCUGUGAUUGUCUUUUGUCACUUCCAGUUGGCUGUCUGGCUAGAUUCGUGUGAUCAACUAACCAGGGGUCAAAAUGGUGCCUGCUCUAGAGCAUUCUUUUUGCCAUUUGGUUUGGGCCAGUGGCUUGGGAUACCAUUAAGAAAAAGAAAGUGGAGCGUUUGGAUAAUAAGUACACAUUUUUUCAAGUAAUUAUGAUGCCUAACCUAAAGGUAGUUUGAAGGCUCCUUAAAAAUAUAAAUAACUGAGCUGCGUUUUUUAAAAACAGACUUCUGUCUUUUUAUUGCCAUUUGAGACACUGAUUUUUUUUUUUUUAUUGUUGUAGCACAAUGUUUUAUUGGAUUUAUUGAUAAUACUUCUGGCACCUAGUCUCCCAAAUGUAAGCAUUCUUUACAAAACAAUUUUCCUACCCAUUAUUUUCAGUAUAUUGCUAUGUUAUGCUGCUGCCAUUACAUUGUCAUGGUUACUGUGAAUACAGAAGAAUACUGUACAUUGCCUGACAGAACAGUGAACACCUGUUUACACCUAACACACCUCAAAUAUUAUGCUGAAUAGUAGUUGUUAAAUGGUUGGUUCCCCCUUAAAUUAACUUGUAUUAUGAUGUAGAUUGUGUUGUUAUGAAGCAAUUGAUCUUUGUGUUUUUAAAAUUAUUUAGCUUUUGAUUCAGCAGCGAUCUGGUUGCUAAUGUCUAAUUUACCUGGCAGCCAGGCAGUGGUUUCCAAGAAAAGCCUGGAGAGAGCCUAAAUUGAAAGAUAUGUAAGUAAUAAAUAAUUACCAUAACAACAAAAGUGGCAGAGGCGGAAGGCAAAUCAUGAGCUUGUAUUACAAUUUGAUGACAAAUUGACAUGGUGCUUAGAAUAGAUUAUUCUGUAACAAACUUCUAGUUUACUUAAAGGUGAACGACCACUUUAACAUUUCCUGCUAGAGGUGCAACCACACUAUUCUACUGUACGUUGUGGCAGAAAUAGAAUCAACACUUUUAUUUCUUCACCUGUAGAUAAGGCUCCUUUCCCAUUGCUGAAUAUUUCACAAUGCAAGCUGGGACAUGUGCACAAAAAUGUAAUAGUCGAUCACUAAAUGUAAAUGUGUAUGAUGAGGCUGGUAUAGAGGAGAUUUCUUUUACAUUUCUUUACACAAAAAAAAACUUUGUUUAUCACUGGAACUAGACUGCAGUUUAGAUAGCUGUUAUGUAUCGGAUGCUCUGUGUCUGCAUUUUUUACGGCUUUCUUUUCCAGUCAAACAGAAGAUGUGUGAUACAAGGCAAACUGUACUAAUCAAAAUAAUUUGGGCAUUGAUAAUUAAUUACAUGUGCUAUUGGGAAAGGUUGCAGUGCAUUUUUCACUGCACAGCCAGCAGAGUUUAACAUAAAUGUGUGUCUAUCUUCCUCUCUGGCUGAAUGGAUAUGCAGUGUUCAGAAAUUUGCAUUCUCUAAAAGAAUCUUUUAAAUUUUUAACAUGAGUGAUUGUAUUAGAUCAGCAAUAAGGAAUCUGUAAUCACAAAAACAUAAAUAAAAUUAUGUAUAAAUCCUG